AUGGCUUCUGGCAAAAUAAUCAAGCUGGUGGUUUUUGAGCUUCUUGAGUUUGCUGCCUUCUCGGUUCCUACCCUUGUGAUAAUGCAACAGUUUGCGACUGCCAAUCCUCGAACAAAGGAUGAAACGGCUCACUAUUGGCUUAUUGUUUCCUCUUCCAUCGCCUAUGUGGCUGUAGUGAGUCUCUUAAUCUGGGUUCCGGUAAAGGUUGUCCUAUACAAGAAACGACAUCUUUACAAGAAAAUUAUAGGAUGGCGACCUGUGCUGGUGAUGUGUGUUGUGCUCACGACUCUCCCCAGCUUCUGCUUCUCCAUAGCAGUGACGGAGGUUCAAAAGAAUAGCAGUGGCUCAGCUAAUUCGUUGCCUGAUUCCUUACCUGAUCUGCCAGUAUCUCUGGUUCUAUUGUCCCUGAUCGUGGUUGACAUUAUUGAAAAACUCAGGAUAUAUCCUCUAAGAGGUAGUCAUAUGAGUUAUGAAGACAAUGACAUCCGUGUAACCUCGUUACAACAGAUAAAAACCGUGACAGAACAGGUGGUUCAAAGUGAUGAAAAUCCUGCAUCUGCCCAGGCAACCAAGCCCACUGCGAGAUCCCAGCCCCAGAAUCACGUGGCAGUGCUAGUUGGGCCCCUGGAGCCCUCCUUUGAGUCUGGAAUCCUGAGGACAAUGUCUCAAAGAGAUGUCCGGGCGGAGCUGUUCCUGCGAAGCUUUCUCAUGUGGUCCGACACGGUAGAAAUGCUCCGUGUGGCCGGGCACCAGGCGGUGUACAAGUCAGGCUGGCUGUACCCUGUCUACUUAUUCAGUUUCAUCUCUCUCCUGCGAACGGUCUUCACACCGAAUAACCCUCUCCUCAGUUUCCUGGGGAUCCUGAUGCAAGAUUUGCCCUUUGUUUUUCUUAGACUCAGUUUAAUCAUUGCCCUGGGGACGAUCACACCAGUACUGGGCCUUUGUAAAAAUAUCCUAGUGACUGUGUCGUAUAUUUACUUCAAUUAUGUAACCAAACUCAGGCCUUUCUCUGCCUUUGAAACUUCUCCAUUUUGA